ACAGCCAUGAUCCGAGCUCUUCUUCUCCUGGGAGUUUGUGUCUCCUCAAUCUAUUGUAGCGGAUACCGACCUGGUGUUAUCAGAGGCGGUGGAAGAAUCGGAGGAGGUCAUAUUGGGGGUGGGGGAAUAGGUGGAGGAAUAGGUGGAGGAAUUGAUGGAAUCAUUAGAGGUGGAGGAAUUCCUAGUGGUCACAUCGGCGGCAGCAGUCAGUGGAGCCACCAGUCCUCCUGGCAUUCCGGUAGUCAUGGCGAUAUUGGUGGUGGUCAUCCUAGGGGCAUUAUCCCAGGAGGUUCCGGAGGAAUUGGAGGAAUAAUCAGAGGUGGUCAUGGGGGUAGUGGAUGUGGACCUCACGGAUGUAAAAACUACGGACGUAAAUAGAUUACAAUUGGGAAAAAACAACUAUAGAUCUAUUUAUUUGUUUAUUUAUUUACUUAUUUAUUUAUUUGACUUGUUCAGCUACUAUGUGACUGUUUUAAUGUCAACUGACCAGUUUGUAUCAAAUAAAUAAAAUUAAAUUAAA